AACCAAAAAAAAAAAAAAAAAAAGGGAAAAGAGAGGAAAAUGAGCAGAGUAGUUUGUAAAUCACUAAUUCCUUCAUUAUUAGUUUCUUCUUCUUCUUCUUGUCUUCAAUUCAGAUUUAAACAAUUUCGUACUUCUUCUUCAAUAUCAUCACCUAGGGUUUCUCGUAUGGCUACUGAAGCUUCAUCUUCUUCAUCUUCAUCUCCUUCUCCUUCUCCUUCGUCUGCUAUCGAUUUUCUAACUCUUUGUCACCGCCUCAAGACGACAAAAAGGGCAGGUUGGGUACGUAGAGGGGUUAAUGAUCCAGAAUCUAUAGCUGAUCACAUGUACCGUAUGGGAGUGAUGGCUCUUAUUGGUGCUGACCUUCCUGGGGUUGAUCGUGACAAGUGUGUAAAGAUGGCAAUUGUGCAUGACAUUGCAGAAGCAAUUGUUGGAGAUAUCACUCCUGCUGAUGGAAUUUCAAAGGAUGAAAAGAGUAGACGAGAGCGAGCAGCACUAGAAGACAUGUGUAAACUUUUAGGUGGAGGAUCCCGAGCCAAGGAGAUCAGUGACUUGUGGAUGGAAUAUGAAGAAAAUUCUUCUUUAGAAGCCAAAGUUGUAAAGGACUUUGACAAGGUGGAGAUGAUACUUCAGGCAUUGGAAUAUGAAAAUGAACAAGGGAAGGAUUUGGAGGAAUUUUUCCAGUCAACUGCAGGUAAGUUGCAAACAGAGGUGGGUAAAGCUUGGGCGUCAGAGGUAGCAUCAAGAAGAAAGAAAUCCAACUGAAAUGUUGUGGUAGUCAAACUGGAUUACAAUUUGCACCAGGUGUAUGGAUGAUGACCCAAAUUCUAACAGAUUACAGGAUCACUUGAAAUGGACACUAAAAUGGCUCUACAGUGUGCAGUAGGAAUGCUGAGCCCCAUGGAUUAUCUAACGCUAAAAGAAACGUUUAUUUGUUCUGCUUCUUUGCUUAAAAAGUUUCUGCAACAGAAAAAUGCUAAACUUGGUGAUAUCUGUUCAAUUUCAUUAUCUAGAAUUCCUAA